GGGCAUUCUCGUAGCUGAGACGGUUUAGCUUGCUUUAUCGCAGGGUCCGUGUCUACCUGGGAGGUAACACUCAGGGACAAAUGUCGUCUUAGCUCAGUUUCCGGAAGAUCAUUGUAGCCUUCCUAAAAGAAAGAAAAUGGAAUCCUGAAAUCGCACUCAGCUUAACAGUCAAGCGCUUUUCAGAGAAUCUUAGAGGAACAUUUGGGUUGGUGGAUUAAAUUGUUUCUAACAUCAUCGAACAGUAGCUGGAUCUUGCAGAGGAUUGGAGAAGAUCCCUCGACCCUCCUUCCCUUCUGAAUCAAUGGAGGGGUCUGACAGUUUAGAUCAGAGUGGCAGUGACCAGCCGGAGUCACCACUCAGAAGACAACAGGACCGCCUGAGCAGGGAGGAGGCCUUCUAUCAGUUUGUCAACAAUCUCAGUGAGGAGGACUAUCGUCUCAUGAGAGACAACAAUCUUUUGGGAACCCCAGGCGAGGCAACGGAAGAUGAGCUGAUCAGUAGACUUCAGCAGAUAAAAGAUGGUCCAGAGAGGCAGGAGGCCCCCCCCACCACUGAAAGUGGAGAGGAUCCAGUUGAACCACCAGAAGACUCUGAGGAUCCUGCCAGUGGGGAUAGCCUCUUGGACUUGCUGAACACUGUGAGACGAACAGGCAACACAACUAGAACUGGGCAUCGUGGAAACCAGUCAUGGCGGGCUGUAAGCCAAACCAACCCAAACAGCGGCGAUUUCCGCUUCAGCCUGGAGAUAAGUGUGAACCGCAACCUGGCUGAACAGCAGGCAGCUGCUGAAGGGGAGCAGCAGCCUCCUGAGGAGUCUCCGGAAGAGCCCCCAGCGGGCUCCCAGGAGGAGUCACCAGAAGUGUCACAAGCAGAGUCACCAGUAGCUGAAGAAGUGUUGGCAACUCCUGAACCUGAGGUCCCCAUGGAGACAGAAGUGGUGGAAGAACCAGUUGUAGAGGAGUUGGCUGUCGUUGUGGAACCAGAGCCUGAACUAGAAGAGUUUAUUUCACAAGAGGUUUUAGAGCCACCCAGCCCACCUGCUGCAGCUUCCCUGCCAGUACAACCCCCACUUCCUCCUUCUCCACGCAGAGGGCAAAGGAGACCCCGCAGCCGCAGUCCAGAGCCACGCAGGACUAGGGCCCGCACAGCCAGGAGCCGUUCCCCUCUCAAUUUGGAUCAGAUGGAUGGUCUCUCUAACCCUCGUAAUGCUCAUAGCUUUCAAGGCCCCAACUCCUCCCCCAAUGACCCCCCCGUCCCCCAAGUGGAGGGCAGUUCUCGGACUCGACAACAUGUCCUCUCCAGGCAAAGCAAUGUAGAAAGUGAAGUUCAGCCAUCUAGGGCUAGCCCAGAAACAGUUCCAGAGACUCAAAAUGUCCCACCUCAGGAAGGAGAGGCUGCUGCGGGGGAAGGAAGCGCUGCAGGGCGCCGUCCCCCUACUAUUAUGCUUGAUCUCCAGGUGCGUCGUGUGCGUCCAGGCGAGUAUCGCCAGAGAGACAGCAUUGCCAGUCGUACCCGCUCACGCUCCCAGAACUCUAAUAACACAUUUCUUUAUGAAAGUGAACGUGGCGGAUUUCGAAGGACUUUCUCACGCUCUGAGCGCGCUGGUGUACGGACCUAUGUCAGCACAAUACGCAUCCCUAUUCGAAGAAUCUCUGAUGCAGGUUUAGGAGAGGCAACCUCAAUGGCUCUCCAGUCUAUGAUAAGGCAGAUUAUGACUGGUUUCGGCGAACUCGGGUACCUAAUGGAUUCCGAUUCUGAUUCUUCAGAUUCGAACCGAGGAGUCAACACAACCGCUGAUCUGGCGGAAGCUCUCAACAACCCAGAUACUGCUCCUGCUGCCCCCCCUGCUGCUGCUGCUGAUGUUGAUGAGCCCCCAGUGGCUGCUGGAGUUAGAGCAAGGACAGCUGAGACUGAAAUGGAUGAGAGUCUUGCCAGUGGUCCACCUGCCCCUGGUGGCAGGGCUCGACCUAGACCACCUAUUAGUCUAGAAGAGCCCAGCUCAUUGCCCUUCCUGCGGCUCGCCCACUUCUUCCUCUUAAAUGAUGAUGAUGAGGACCAGCCCCAAGGGCUGACCAAAGAGCAGAUUGACAACCUCUCCAUGCGCAACUUUGGUGAGAGUGAUGCUUUGAAAACUUGCAGUGUAUGCAUAACAGAGUAUGCAGAAGGAAACAAGCUUCGUAAGCUUCCUUGUUCUCAUGAGUACCAUGUGCACUGCAUCGAUCGCUGGCUGUCUGAAAACUCCACCUGCCCAAUCUGUCGCAGGGCUGUCCUGGUAUCAGCCAACCGAGAGAGUGUGGUGUAGCUCACAAAAGACUGCAGGCCUUUUGUCACAACCAAUGUAAUUUAGUAUCCUAAGUCUAUAAAGAGGAUUUUAGAUAAAUGUGUUUCCACUAUUCACUCUUCAUACCAUUUGUGAGUUUGAUUUUAACGAAGUCACAGGUUUGAUUUCGGGUUUUCCAUACAGUUAUUUAAGGACAUUAUCAAUCUCCAGGAAGACAUUUAUUGUUGCAGUAUAAAGUAAGGCACAAGCAGUGCAUGUUGAUGGAAUCAACCUGUAGUGACCAAGCUGUUAUUGCAUUGUGUAAAGACUUCCUCGGUUUAAAAAUGCUGCACACCUCCAGGUAGUUCAGGCACAAUUGCUCUCUGGUAUUGGCUCCCUAAAUGGUGCCUUAUUUACCAGAAGGUGGUUUUGGUAAAGUUCUUAGUUACACCAGUUUAAAGUAUUAGCUGUAAAUAAGCUUGUAAAAAAUAAUUUUGAUUCAUACUUUGUAUCAGUAAUUUGGUUAUGGAUUGUAAAUUAUGUCACAUGAAGGUCAGGGUGGUGUUGAUGGAAAUAACUAUCAGAGCAUCCCUAAAUUUGGUGUCUGAACAAUUCUUUCAUAAUGUCUUGACUGCGAUGUCCAAAGGACGUAGAACAUCAGUAGGCUCAGCAUUUACAUUGUCAUCAAAAUGAACUGCUAUGUAGGUGUGGCAGAUACCAUGAGCACUGAAUUGUUUUCAAAAAUAAAAUGUACAAAGGUGUAAUGGAAAGAUAAAGUCCACUUUAUUUUUACUUUUGCAAAAUGCAAGUUUAUAUUAGAAUACUCUAACAGCUCUUUUCUUGUUAAAUUAAAAAUGAUUUAGUAUUAAGGCCAGAAAUUAGGGAUGUCUCUUUAAUGGUAGUAGAUAUUUGGUUGAUAACAAGUUCUUGGCAUGUGAAUUUUUCCCACCUGUAAAAUACUCUACUAACAGGCAUGAAUUCAGACAUUUGAAAAUAGUUGCUGGCCCUUCUUCCACUCAUAAAAGAACAUUUACUUUUUCCAUGUACAACAAUGAGCUCACAAUCAUUUCUGUUUCAUCAAUUAGCUACUACUCCUUUUUUCAGGUACACAUUGAUUCCCUCAUCUUACUAACUGAUCAAUUAAGUUCUCUAAGCUGGCGAGGCAUAUAGUGAAAUGAUCCUUUGUGACCUAGAAUGAAAUGUGGACUUGCUCUUCGAGAUUUCUCUUCUUGCUGCUUCAUCUAAAUGGACAAGUUACAACUUAACUAAUCAAACCAGAGUUCCAGGUAUCCGGUGUACCAAAAUUCACACCAUCCUCCUGUCAUUGAACAGCUUCAGCAGGAAGUCAAGAAAUUUGUCUUUUAUAUCCUCCCUCUGCCUCAUGAGCAGAUGCUCCAUAUCAGUGUGCAAUACAUGCUAGGUUAAAGUAGGGAAAAUAUAAACCAUGAUAUUAAUGUUUGCUAUUGUUAAAGCUGUUGUUAAAGGCUAAAAUCUUAAAUGAAGACUUAUUACCUUUUUAAAUGUGUUUAAGUUCAUUUUAAUUAGAAGUUCUGUAGGUUUUAAUAGCACUGUUGAUGAACAGAAACACUGGCUUAUGGAAGAAAGGGCAACACUUCAGUGCCACCCUGUCAUGUUUCUUGUUUCACUGUUUGAUGUUUUUGCCAGAUAUUACCUCCCUUGAGAUAAGCGUUGGAAAUAACAAUUUGAAUGCAAGAUGUUGUCAUUGUUGAAUACCAUAAUAAACAUGUAAAUGAAAUGUAUGAUCCCUUUAAGGCCAUGCUUUAGUUUUGGCCUUCCUCUAUGACCCACCCAUUGCGGUAUGUAACUGGGUGUCAAAUGAAACUAACCGCUCAAUUAAAAAAGUUGUUAUGCUUGGAAAUGAAUUGCAGGUAUGUAUUCUGUACAGUCACUUUGCUGUUAUGUAU